AUGAUUCGGAAAUUUCUAUUUCUCGUAACUUUGAUCGCCAUUGUCAUUCUUCGCUCACUGCAACUUUAUGCAGAAGAUCCAGAAACUCUGCUAGCUGAAAACGAUUUGAUAGCCCAAAAAGAGAAAAAAACUCUACUAGCUCAAUACGCUGAAAACCCUGAACAAGUUAUUUUAGAUUUAGAACAUGUGCUGGCCCAAUACAUUAAAAAAGGCGAACAAAAUAUCAUUGCUCUAGAAAACCUACUAUCUCCAGUAAAUCUAAAAAACAAGCGAGCUGAACAGGUUCUAAUGGCUCUAAGCCAUUUGCUAGCUGUAGUAAAUGAGAAAAAGCCACCAUGUACAGAAAAACUAGAACAUCUAAACGAGCUGAUAACCAUAUUUGAUACAGAAGAUCCACAAACUGCAUCGGGUGAAUACGCAAAUGGGGUUAAAACAUAUAGGCUAAAUUUAAUGAAUCUAAUGGAUUUAUCAGAGAAAAAGGCUCAAAAGGCUGAGAAAUUGGAAAAAAAACUACUAGAGAUACUAAAGAUGCAAGAGCUGCUAGAGUCAACAGAGCUAGAGGAGCUAAAAAAGCUACUGGAAUUACCAGAGCUACAAAAGCUACUGGAAUUACCAGAGCUACAAAAGCUACUGGAAUUACCAGAGCUACAAAAGCUACUAGGCUCACCAGAGCUACAAGAACUACAACAGAUAAAAGACCUGCAAGAGCUAAAAAAGCUACUAAAGUCACCCGAUUUUUUAGAUCUGGUGACUCGAGAAGUUCUAGUGGCUCAAAAGAAUUUGGUAUUUCAAGAAUUUCUGGUAGCUGAAAGGGAUUUGAUAGCUCAAAAAGUUCUAACAGCUCAAAGGCAUCUGGUAGCUGCAAAAGUUUUAUUACAAAAACAAGCGCUAAACAUUCUAAAAGCUCAAGUGGCUCGACAAAAUAUGCAAACUUCAAAAGAUGAAAGCGCUCUAAAGAGGAUCUACCAGCUCGGCAAGCUGAAGCUCAGCUAG